UGUUAUAUAUUUUUGAUUUAGUUUUGGUAUUUAUUGGUAUAAAGCACUUUGGUCAGCCUGUGUUGUUCUUGAUGGUGUUAUGUAAAUAAAUCUGACCUUGACUCUGACGGUUGUUUACAUCAGUAAGUGUGAGUGUGGAGCUGAACAGCGGCGGUGGAACUGACUCGAGCAGCAUCCGGGUGUGUUGUGACAUGCAGCAGUGGAACAGUGAUGACACACAGCGGUACAGCGUGAGUGUGUGAGCGGUUUUGAGCCGGUUGUGUCACUGUGCUCGGUCUGCUGUACAAAGUUUCGGGCUGACCGUAAAGCCUGAAGCUGCGUGCGCGCGGAAUUAACGGGCGGAUUGUCCUCCAGCUCAGACACGCGACGCGCUUUUCACCCAGAAACCAUGUCGUUUCCCAGGUCUGGCGCAGAGACGUGGAACGGAGCUCCAGAGCGCAUGCGAGUAACUACAGCUGUGAGUGAAUCCUCGUCCAUUCACAGUGAAAAACUGCGCAGUCUCGCCCGAGACAUUUCUGAAAUCAGCCACGAGAAAGCCACCAGCCGACAGGAUGCAGGAAAACCUGCUGAGGAAACGGAUAAGCCCCGCCCAUGUCCGAGAGGAGGCGUGUGUUUCGCUGAUGGCCGAAGAAGAGUUGAUUAUGUGCUCGUGUAUCACUGUAAGAGACGCUUUUCCAUCGUCACCAACGGCAACCUGCCGCCCGAGAGUCCCACCCCUCUCCACACGGACAUGCAGGCCGACCUGGCGGAGGCGGAGCUGGAAAUGGGUGUGGCUCCUGGGCCAGGAGAAGUAGAAAAAGCCCUGAUCAGGGAGGAGUUUGAGCGAGGGCUGCAGGAGCAGGGUCUGGAGAUCGAACGAGACGUAGAGAUGAAGACAGUACGUUUUACGCGUCUCCAUGUCCCCUGGUCUGUACUGAGUCGUGAGGCAGAGCUUCUUAAGAUCAAAGUUCCUACCAAAAGAAUUUAUGAGCUGAAGGAGAAAACAGGAAUUGCUGGAUUUCUGAGCUCACUUUGGGAGAAAAUAAAUCAGCCGUUCCAGCCGGGAGUCCCGGAUCCCCAGAAAAACCCCCACACACGGGUCCUAUCACUCCCGUUCAACAGAGAGAAGCUACACCUGUUUGAUAUCAAGUCGAGAAACACGCUCUUCGACACUGCGACACGAGGGAGAAUUGUGUUUGAGAUCCUGAGACGCACGGCGUGUACUCAGACGUGUCACACUAUGGGAAUCACGUCGUUACUUGCUAAAGGUGUUUACGACGCAGCGUUUCCUUUACAUGAUGGAGACUUUAACUCCGAUGUUAAAGAGCUUCGCAAUGACAGACAGUUGUUACAUGAUGAAUGGGCCAAUUACGGAGUUUUCUUCAAGUAUCAGCCAGUCGAUCUCAUCAGGAGGUACUUUGGGGAGAAGAUCGGUCUGUACUUCGCCUGGUUGGGAGUUUACACGCAGCUGCUCAUUCCCGCCUCAGCCAUGGGGAUUGUAGUGUUCCUGUACGGCUGGAUGACUGUCGAUACAAACGUGCCCAGUCAGGAGAUGUGUGAUAAGCGUCUGAACUUCACCAUGUGUCCUCUGUGUGAUGGAGUGUGUGAUUAUUGGCAGUUGAGCAGCAUGUGCAGCACAGCACGGGCCAGCUAUCUGUUCGACAACCACGCCACUGUCGCCUUCGCCAUCUUCAUGUGCCUCUGGGGGGCUGUGUUUCUGGAGCACUGGAAGAGGAGACAGCGGUGUCUGCAGCACAGCUGGGAUCUCUCCGGCGUCGAGGACGAGGAGGACAGAGCUGAAGAUGAGCUGCGACCAGCGUAUGAGGAUUUCCUCCUUCAGAAGCGGCAGAAAAAGAGCAAAAACAAAGAGAAAGAUGCGUCAGAUGAGAGGACACAUGACAUUGGUAUAGAGAAGCUGCUAUCUGCAAAAGGAGGACAACCAGUGUUUGCUUCAGAAUCUCUUACAUGGAGAGACCGGCUGCCGGGAUACUGCAUCAACAUUUCCUCCAUCCUCCUAAUGGUGGGGGUCACACUGUCGGCAGUGUCUGGUGUCAUUCUGUAUCGCAUCAUCGUUUUCGCAGUGAUGUCGAUGAACCCUGACCACGAGGCCAAGGCCAAUGUACGCGUUACCGUGACAACCACAGCUGUCAUCAUCAACCUGCUGGUGGUUUUGGUGCUGGAUGAGAUCUAUGGAGCUGUGGCCGCCUGGAUCACGGAGCUAGAGAUUCCGAAGACCGAAGCAGCGUUUGAGGAACACCUGAUCCUGAAGACUUUUCUGCUCAAGAGCAUGAACGCUUUUGCACCUGUCUUCUACGUGGCGUUCUUUAAGGGCAGGUUUGCGGGUCGUCCAGGUGACUAUGUGUACGUCUUUAAAGAUUUCCGGAUGGAGGAGUGUGCUCCAGCAGGUUGCCUCAUUGAAGUGUGUAUUCAGCUUGGUAUGAUCAUGUUGGGGAAGCAGCUCAUCCAGAACAAUGUGUUUGAGAUAGCUAUCCCAAAGCUGAAGAAGAUGUAUCGUAAGUAUAAAGAGGAGAAAGAAGGAGGGGAGAAGAAGAAGAAGGACAAGGAUCCAAAUCGGCCACGGCACCGCUGGGACUUAGAUUACCAGCUGGAGCCGUAUGAGGGUCUGAGCCCGGAGUAUAUGGAAAUGAUUAUCCAGUACGGGUUUGUUACGCUCUUCGUGGCCUCUUUCCCGCUGGCUCCCGUCUUUGCUCUGCUCAAUAACGUCAUUGAGAUUCGACUCGAUGCUGCUAAAUUUGUAACUGAAAUCCGGCGGCCUGAUGCUGUCAGAGCAAAGGAGAUUGGAAUAUGGUACAACAUCCUGAGCGGCAUCAGCAAGUUUGCUGUUAUCACAAAUGCAUUUGUUAUUUCCUUCACGUCAGAGUUCAUUCCACGGAUGGUGUAUCAGUAUCUGUACAGUGAGACAGGAACCAUGCAUGGCUUUAUAGACCACACACUGGCUUACUUCAACACCAGCAACUUUAAACCUGGCACCGCGCCCAACAGCACACGCUUUGACCGGGAACUUCGUAUCUGCAGGUAUAAAGAUUAUCGAGAUCCCCCCUGGUCCCCUGAGUCAUAUCAGCUCUCUAAGCAAUACUGGUCUGUGCUCGCUGCCCGACUUGCCUUUGUCAUCUUUUUCCAGAACCUGGCAAUGUUCCUCAGUAUGCUGGUGGCAUGGUUGAUUCCGGAUGUUCCCCGCUCUUUGAAGGACUGCCUGAAGCGGGAAAAAGCCCUGUUGCUAGAUCUUCUCCUUAGUGAGGAGGUGGAGAAGCAGCGACGGCAGUCACAGCAUCCUGCCAAUAUCAACAUAACAAUCAAUGCCUCAGAGGAAGAGACCAUGGACAUGGAGCCAGACUGUAGUACCAUGUUGCAAAGCCAGACAACUGAGACUGAGUUACAGACUGCAGACAAGGAGAACCUACCAAGAGAGGAGCAUGAAUCUACCACCAGUGAGCCAAUUAGCCUUGAAAAAGAAUGUCACUCUCUUACCACAUCAGAUCCUCACUUAAAUCAGUCUGUUCCUCAGAGUCAAGUAAAACCAGUAGGCACAUCCCACUACCAAGAGUUUAAUCUAAAUGGACCUCCACCUCGAGAUCCAGGCUUCAGGACUAGGAGCCGCUGCCAGACCCUUCCACCCAGACAGAGAGGGGAUCAACCUGGAGAUAGCUCAAGCAGAACCAGCCACUCCACCAGCUUUGUACAUUUCAAUCAGAACUUUCCUCAAGCAACCAGUGAGCUCUUACAAAAUACUCCCACUGUACCUUUACGACCUCGAUCUAAAAAUCAUUCCAGCAAACCACCUUCUAAAACAGAGCUUUCUGGCAGCCAGGUAUCAGUGCUGUCCUGCCAUCCCUUUAAACCAGAGCUCCAAUCAGAAGCACUGCCAUGCUCUCCAUCAAAACAGGAAAUAACAAGCAGCCAAAAAUCCUUGGCACAGUCACCCUCCAAGCCAGAGCUUUCAGUCAGCCAAUCAACAGCAUUGCCACGCCCUCCAUCCAGACCAGAACUUUCAGUUAGUCGAUCUGCUGUACUACCAAGACCCCCGUCCAAACCUGAGCUGAUGGGGAGCAUUGCAAAAGGACUUCCACUCCAGGAUCCAGCUACCAGAACCAAGUCCCGGUGUCAGACUCUUCCUCCCAGACAUAGUGGACCUGAUACAGUGGAAACCUCACUCAGAACCACCCAUUCCACCAGCUUCACAAAUAUCAACAAAAAGUCAUCUCCAUCACCCAGUGACGUGACACACAACACCCCUGUGUAAGAAAGAUUGGAUUGGACAAGGCCAGGUUCUGGUCCAGCCCCCUCCAUCAGCUCUCAACCAAUCACCUCUUUCAGUGCCAGGAAACCUAGUUGGUGGCACAGUCAUCAGAUACUUGUCUAAGUUUGAGGAUAGGAUCAUCUGUAAAUUGUCAUUGAGUCAUCAUCACAAACUAGUUAUCAGUGGUUGUCAUUUCGGCACUGUGCAGUAAGUUGAGGUGUGCAAGCGCUGCACUGUGGGGGAUUUUUUGGUGAUUUACUGAAGUCACCUGAUAUUGUUAAAAUCAGACACAAUCAUACAUGACAUUUAUUUUACAAAGACAAAAAAAUGAACUGAAAGGAGUCCAAUUGUCCCUUUUUCCCACUUUUUUUUUUGGAUUGAAGAUGUAUGCAAGAUACUUUAUGCAAGUCCAAGUCAAGUCCACAAGUCUGAGUCAAGUCUCGAGUCUGUGAGCUGCAAGACUGAGUCAAGCAUCAAGUGUCUGAGCAGCAAAUCAUGUCUUAAAUCUGAGCUGCAAGUUGGGGCCAAGUUUCAAGUCUCUGAGCUGCAAAUCUCAAAUCUCUGAGCUGCAAAUCUGAGACAAAUCUCAAGUCUCUGAUCAGCAAAUCUGAGUCAAGUCCUGAAUCUCUGAUCAGCAAAUCUGAGUCAAGUCUUGAGUCUCUGAGCAGCAAGUCCAAUUCAAAUCUCAAGUCUCUGUGCAGCAAGUCCAAGCCACGCCUCAGAUCUCUAUACUGCAAGUACAAGCCAAAUUUCAAUUCUCCAAGCUGCAAGUGUCUGAACUCAGCUCCAAAUCAGCUCUCAAGUCUCUAAGCUGCAGAUCCGAGACAAGGACCAAGUCUCUGAAAUGCAAAUCUGAAUCAAAUCUCAAGGUUUUAAGCUGCAAAUUUGAGCCAAGUCUCAAUUCUGUGAGCUGCAAGUCUGAGCCACAUUUCAAGACUCUAAGCUGCAAGUCUGAGUCAAGUUUCUAGUCUCUAAGCUGCAAAUCUGAGCCACAUUUCAAGACUCUAAGAUGCAAAUCUGAGACAAAUCACAAGUCUUUGAGCUGAAGUCUGAGUCAAAUUGCAAGUCCCGGAGUUGCCAAAGUCCAAAUCUUGUCCCAAGGCAGUCUCUGUGCAUUUGGAUAGUCCAGUUUAUGGGCGUUGAUUUUUAGUAGACAAUCUAUAGUUUAUCGGUUUGUCCCUAGUGCUGUCACAAGUUUGAAUCCAGCUCAUGUGUCCUCUGCUGAUUAAAUAUAUGACAUGUUGUUGAAAGCUUAUAGGCUUAUGGUUUAUAAUUGUCUUGAGAUGGCUUGUUUGUGUAGUGUCUAAAGUGGACUAUCCACAUAAAGUGGUCCCAUGGCUUGAACUUGGAAAUGUUUCUGUAAAGGAAACCAUCAAACUGAAGAUGUUUUUCCCUUAACCAAGAGUGUAUACUGGAUUUGUGGGUCAGAGAUGUGUAGCCCUCAGAUGUCAUAAUCAUCAGUAGGAAUAGGAUCUUUUUUCCCUGUACAUAAAAGGGAUAUAAUUCAUAAUGUAAAACCUGACAAUAAGAUUUUUUUAAAUACUGUGGAAGUGUAAAAAUUCCUUUGAGGUAUAAUUUAUAAAUAAAGUGAAGAAAAUCCUGGAGAUCA